UUUCUUGCAUAAAUAAAAUACGUAAUAGUACUUAUCGUGUGGGAAUAUGUAAAUUACGAUUUGAACUUUUAUUAAUGUAUUUUGAAUGCAGUUAUUCAAACACGGGUCAAAAGGUUAUUUAGUAGCACUGACAUCUGAAUUUGCAUACGAACUGUUGUAUUUCCUUUUUUUGUACAGGUGUUAUGUACAUUAUGCCAGACCUUCAUGGAAUAUUUAUUCCUGGCAUAAUAAUUUAUUCUUAUAUUCUUACCACAAUGGUAUGGAGGGCUAUCGCAAGGGUUCAAUUCUUUGAGGAUUUAUGGACAUGGAGCAAAUUGUGCACUUGUGCUGGAGGUAUAAGUUUUGCGAUCUCUGAUUUUUUAAUUGGAGUUGAUCAUUUUAAAUAUAACAUUGAAUACGCCCAGGUUCUGAUAAUGGCUACAUAUUACGCAGCCCAGGUGGGAAUCGCACUGAGUGUUGUCGAUUACACUACAAGGUGUGAUAAACUAUUUAAGAAUAAGGAACUACUAGAGAUAGAAAAUAAAGUUAAGUAAAUCGUAUUACGAAAUCUCGAUUCCAUAACAAAUAUUAAAUUAUUGAGACUGUAGUCUUUGAGCUGUGUGAAUAAAUGUAGAUGUAAUAUUUAUGUAUGUAUUUAAAUAACGAAUUUAAAAUGAUUUUUUGAUGUUUAAUAGUCUGGUAUGUAGAGGGUAAUUUUGCUCAUCUCAUAAUAUUAAUUACUUAGUAUUCAAUUUAACAUAAAUUUAGGAUAUAAA